AUGUGGCCACUUCUUGGUUUGGCAACAUUCCUUAUCUGGUUUUCAUGGCAUGUUCUGCAGCGUCUAACUCAGAAACCCCUUCCUCCGGGUCCAAAGCCACUGCCUUUAAUCGGAAAUCUACAUCAGUUCCCGGCCAAGGACCCAUGCCGCCAAUACAAGAAAUGGACCGACCAAUAUGGCCCACUGGUUACCGUGAAGAUGGGUCCCAAACUUAUGGUUUGCGUGGGAUCUCACCAAGUCGCCGUUGAGCUUCUCAACAACAAACAGAGCGUGCUCAACUCGCGCCCACGCAUGGUGUACAUGGGUGAAUGUAUCUACAAGGGAAUUAAUACUGGUCUGAUGCCGUAUGGUCCUCGAUGGCGAAUCCAUCAUCGAAUCCAAACGAGAUGUCUUCGCCCAGCCUGGGUUACUCAAUAUCACCCCGUUCCGGACCUCGAAACCAAGCAAGUUCUGCACGACCUUCUGACAAACUCGGACUUCGAAACCAUUUUCCAGCGAUUCUCCUACAGCAUUAAUGCGACCCUUGCGUUUGGUACUCGCGUGGAAACAGCGCAGAGUCACAUUAUGACGGAGAUGUCUCGUAUUUCUAAACAUGUGGCUGAGGCGUCCUCGACGAAGCUAGGGAUCCUGGUCGAACUGUUUCCAGCCCUCAACUCUCUCCCCACAUGGGCGGCCCCGUGGAAGCGGAGUGCCGACUCAGCGCGCCAUGAGGUGAUGAAGCUUUACAUGGACAAUUUCAACAACGGCAAGAACAGCGGGACGUGGAACUGGACGCGUGAAGCAUUAGGGAUGGAUGAAGCGCAGAUGUCAGAGCUCGAGUUAGCCAAUAUCAUCGGCUUCAUUUUUGACGCUGGUAGCGAGCCUAUCUCAGGGACUUUACGCAUGCUAGUGAUGGCUGCAGCAGCCAACCCCGCGGCGAUGCAGAAGGCACAGGAGGAAAUUGAUCGCGUUAUCGGGUCGGAUCGUUUGCCUAGAAGUGACGAUAUCGUGAACCUGCCAUAUACCCGUGCGGUACUCACAGAAACCAUGCGAUGGCGACCACUGAUUCCGGCUGGGUUUCCACAUGAAGGUGAUGAGGACUGCGAGUUUAUGGGUUACCGGAUUCCACGUGGGACCACUAUUAUCCCCAACAAUUGGUCAUUGGAUCUCGAUGAGAAGAUUCAUGACAACCCACUCGAGUUUCAUCCUGAGCGUUGGCUAGAGAACCAUGAUCUCCCGCUGGGUGCCUUUGGAUUUGGCAGACGGAAAUGUCCAGGCCAAGUUUUGGCCAGGGAGAUACUGCACAUUGCUGUCACCCGCAUCUUAUGGGGCUUCAACAUAUCUCCAGGGUACGAAAAUGGGAAGAAGGUAGAAAUUGACACCCUGAAUCUAGAGCAGGGUCUUAUUGGGCCCCCGGUCGCGUUUGAAGCAGAGUUUACACCGCGCAGUGAGAAGCAUCGGAAGAUCAUCUCGAGCGAGUGGGAGGUCGCUGAGAAAGAUCCGGAUGUUCUCAUGGCACAAAUUGCUAGCCAGAUCAAACCCAGUACCAAGGAGUGA